UGUGACAUCUUAUAUUUAAUCGAUUAGGUAUUGUUUUAUGAAAAUAGUGGGUUUCAGACUUUGGUGUUGUGAUCAAUAAUUUAUAGUUCAGUAUCGAAAAUUGUAUGCAACUACGGAUCUAAAUUUGGUAACAAAUAAUGGCAAAUAAAGAAGAUGAAGAGACAUUUCAAGAGGACGAUGUCUAUAUAAACCCAGAAGAUGGAAUGCCUAAUAUUCAUCCUAACAUUGCAGAUAUAGACCAUGGAAAUGAUUCUCUAAAUGAAAUAAACGAUUUGGAUGACUUACCUAAGUCUGUGAUCGUAACAAACAUUCAUAGUAACGUUUUCACCGACGAUAAUUUAAAGAAUGAAUUAGAAGCUCUUUUUCGUACAUUUGCGGACAAUAUAACGUUUCAGUGGUUAAAGAGUUUUAAGCGCUUACGUGUUAAUUAUGACAGUCCGCUCGCAGCGGCUACCGCUCGUGUUCGUCUUCAUCAGUAUAAAUUUUAUAAUUCAUGCAUUAACUGUUAUUUUGCACAACCAGUAACACCAAUUUCUUUAAAAAACCUGCGACCACCCGCUCCCGUAAAACAAUUUUUGAUUUCGCCUCCAGCAAGUCCACCUAUUGGAUGGGAGCCACGUGAGGAAGGUGAGCCAAUAGUGAAUCCGGACUUAUUGGCUGCUAUAGCCAGCCUAGCACCAGGAGAGAGCCAUGAGUUACAUGCACCAACUCCAACUCAACCUGCUAUCGUGGUACAUACGGCUUUACCUACUGAUACCAAUGCUCCAAGUCAUGUUGGAGUCCCAAUACCACAUACUCGUUGCCCAGAAUAUUAAUUCACAGUGUUAAUGAAGGAUAGGAUUUUCUUUAGGAGGAGAAUUUAUUUUUAAAGUAGAUGGUUAAUCUUUUUUUUCUAUCACAUGUCAACUUUUUUGACUCGUGAUGCCAAAGACAAUUGCUAAACUCAUUUGUAGUUUUAUCAAAACCUAGGUGUUUAUUGAACAAACAAUUUCUAACACUAAGGUUAUGCUUAUAAAUUAACAGCUUAUAAGUUUGUUUCAUUUGGCAAGAUAAAUGUAAAAAAUUAAAUUGGUGCUAUUUUUUAAUAUUUAUAUUGCUUGUGUUUGUAUAAUAGAAUAUAGAAAAUUCAUAGUUUAUUAUUUAUUGUAUGAUGGUGAAUCAUAUGUAUUAAAAAACAAUAUUUAUUGUCACUACACAAUGAAUGUACUUAAUCAUGUGAUUUGACAUGACAAAUUUUCUUUAAAGAUGUCUAAUACAUACAGGGUACAUACAUACUUUGUAUUUUAUUUAUAAUAUGUUAUAACAAAAUAAGUAUAAAGAUGUUUAUGAUAAUACUUAAAAAAGUUGAAAAGUAUUUUUAAAUUCUAUUGAAUGCUGUAGUGUCAAUGAAUGUUGUAAUGCUUCCUUAAUGUUAAUGAAAAUAAAAUAAAUUUAGUGAACAAAAUUAUAAUAUAGUUUACACUCACAUAUCAAACACGAGAAUCCAAACAGA